CAUGGUCAAGACAGUAGCCAUUGUUGGGGCAGGUGUGAGCGGGCUAACCUCCAUCAAAUGCUGCUUGGAUGAGGGAUUGGAGCCCACCUGCUUUGAGAGAACCUGUGACACUGGGGGAGUGUGGCGAUUCACGGAGUAUGUGGAGGAGGGAAGACCCAGCGUCUACAAAUCUAUGGUCAGCAACACAUGCAAGGAGAUGUCAGCCUUCGCGGAUUUUCCCUACCCAGAAGAUUUUCCAGUCUUUUUACCCAAUCCUAGGCUUUUGGAAUAUCUGCGCCUCUACACAAAACACUUUAAUCUCCGGAAGCAUAUUCAGUUCCAGACUACGGUGAUCAGCAUAAAGAAGUGCCCUGACUUCACAACCAGCGGCCAGUGGGAUGUUGUCACAGAGACCGAUGGGAAGCAGAAGUCGGCCAUCUUUGAUGCUGUGAUGGUUUGCAUUGGUUACCUCACUGAACCCUCACUGCCCCUCGACUCUUUCCCCGGUAUAAACAAGUUUAAUGGGCCGUAUUUCCACAGCCGAGAAUACAAAACCCCAGAUGUAUUCAAAGGUAAAAAAAUCCUUGUGAUUGGCAUGGGGAAUUCGGGAGUUGACAUUGCAGUGGAAGCCAGCCACGUGGCACAAAAGGUGAUGCUCAGCACAGAGAGAGGCGCUUGGGUGAUAAGCCGCGUGUUUGAUGAUGGUUACCCAUGGGACAUGGUGUUCCUUACUAGGUUUAUGAACUUUGUCCGGAAUGCCGUCCCGGGUCGCGUAACUGGCUGGCUGAUUGCAACCCGAAUGAACCAGUGGUUUAACCACGCAAACUACGGGAUAGUCCCAAGGGAGAGGUCUGUGAUGAGAGAACCAAUACUGAACGAUGAACUUCCUGGACGCAUCAUCACCGGGAAGGUCUCCGUCAGGCCCGGCGUGAAGGAGUUCAAAGAAAAUUCUGUUGUGUUCAAGGACAGCCAAGUUGAAGAGGAAGUGGACAUCGUUGUCUUUGCCACUGGCUACAAAGUCUCUUUCCCUUUCAUCGAUGAGUCCAUCAUCAAGAUUGAGGACAAACACGCUUCCUUGUACAAAUACAUUUUCCCGCCUAAGCUGGAAAAGCCAACGCUGGCCAUCAUAGGCUUCCUCAGGCCUCUUGGGGCGAUCAUGCCAGUUGUGGAAACCCAAGCACGCUGGGUCACCCGAGUUUUUAAGGGUUUAUGCAAAUUGCCUCCAGUGAGCACAAUGAUGGAAGAGGUCAAUGAGAAGAAGAAAAACAAGAUCAACUGGUUCGGCUUGACCUACGAUGAAGUUCUGAAAACAGAUUGCCUCACUUACAUGGACCAGCUGGCUUGCUCUAUUGGCAUAAAGCCCAGUGUGCCUGCUCUACUUCUCAGUGAUCCAAAGCUGGCCAUGAAGAUCUUCUUUGGGCCUUGCUCCCCCUACCAGUUCCGCCUGGUUGGACCAGGGAAGUGGGAUGGAGCCAGGAAGGCCAUCAUGACCCAGAUGGAGCGGACCCUGAAGCCCAUCAGAACCCGGGUGGUAGAAGACUCGUCCAGUUUCAUUGGAUACUUGCUGAAAGCUCUCGCCUUCUUUGCAGUCUUUGUUGGAAUCCUCUAUGGUUUAAAUUAGUUCUGACGACUUGAGGGUUUGGCUUUCUGUCUUUUCUGGUAUCUGCUUUCUGUCUAUGUCUGC